CUCUGAAUCCGCGCACCGGAAUGCUCGGUCGGACUCUCGAAUGACCGUCUCUGAAUCCGCGCACCGGAUCGGCCGGUCGGACUCUCGGAGGGCAGGGUCGAAGUCCGCGUUUCCCGUCGAAAGUGAACAGCCCUCUGAACGCGAAGUGAGCGUGGUAGGGUCCGGAUAAGCGCGAGCCCGCCUGAUCGCCCGUCUCCGUUUUCUUUUUAGAUUCGACCGAUUACGAUGGAAGAAACUAUUGUCCACUACAAUUUUAAGUUUGAUUUUAUAUAACGAAAAUCGGGAUCCGGUAAAAAUUUAUGUCUAGAGACUUACUACUUGUCGAGAUGUUUCCUCUGGAAGGAGCGUAAUCCGGAGUGUCGGUCUCUGGGUACUCGGGCGAUUCUCGGUUGGCCGGAAUAAGUCAGUCCGUCAGGACCCUAGGCUGGUGGAACUGGAGAGUGAUAAUCCACGGAAGUACACCAGUGCACUCACUUCACUUGCGGUUCGCUUUUUGUUCAACACUUAAUGUUUGUCCCGACUCGCACUCAAGCAAUCGUGAAAAAUUGUGAACUCGCGAAAUUUUUGGACUCGUACUCGGUCAAGAGUAAAAAGCGGAAAAGCUGCUCGCGGUCUUUGGGAUCGCGAUUUUAUACUCAAUUUUCCGAAGGGAAGGGUUGAGGUGUAGGCGGUGUCAUUCUUGGAUUGGUGGGCCUUUUCAAAACCACCAAAUUUGGAGCUUGUCUACUGGGAACUCGCGAAAUUAUUAUUUUGUAGAAAUGACCAGCUAUUGGUCCAUCUCUUCUCGUCUCCGCCCGAUUUGGUUUUGGUUUUGAGUAUAGGAGAGGGAUGUUUAUAAUUUUUCGCUCCUCUUAUCUUUAGGUCACUCAAACAAACAAGCAAGCAAAAAAAAGGGUCUUUAUGUCUUCCUGUAGAAUUUUAGUGAGAAACAUACUCUUAUUGAUUGAGCGCGGACAGCGUUUUUGCUGUGAAUAAUAAAUUUUUAUAGUUUCCGGAGGUUCGUUGUUUGAAGAUUUUAAUUUCUUUAGGUUUCAAUAUUUCCCUUUUCCUUUGCUUAGCGUCGGGUACCGAUCCAGGGCAUUGUUAGAGUAAUGUUCGGUAAUAAAGUUAUUUAUUAUAUUUUUUAUUCUAGACUCGACAUUGCCCCAGACUUCCCAAAAGAAUUAAAUCAUAUCUAACGGUCGCUCUCAAAAUAGUUUACAGAUGGGGAACUAUGCAUUUGUUUGAUCACUAUUUCCUUCGGUUUAUGUAUUUAUUAUUCCUAAAAAAAAAUAAAAUUUUAAAUUGUCGCUAUAUCUCACGAACUUGUGCGUGACGAUAGAGCGAUCCUUUGCAAACAUUUCUUACUCUUGGCGACCGUUAGAGUACGAUUUCUCUUACUUAAUUGUUUUCCUUACAAGGACAACGAGAAGAAAAACGUUAAGUCCACCGGACGUAACAGUAUACAACGCGAAAUAUUUAAGAAAUAUUACACGCCAACAAAAAUUUCUAAAAUAUCUAUACAAUUAAUUGUGGCAAUUAAAUUUCAACAGAUAAGUAUAUUAAUUGGUGUAUAUUUAAUUAAUAUCUUAAUUGGUGUAUAUUUUGAUAUAUUUAUAGAUAAUUCACUGCUGUAUUUGGAUUACGAAACUGUAGCAAUCAGUUUCAAUUUUGCAAUAGACAAUAACGAAAAUAUUUCCCAUUCUGCACCAGCAAUCCAAUCAAUCUCGCUUACAAGUGCAUCGACUUCAUGGCAGAAUAACAGCAGCGAAAAAGAAAACCGCAAUCCAUGGUCCAAAGGACAAAUAUUAUCGCUGAUCGACUUGUAUAAAACACAUGAAAAGUAUUUUUAAAAUAUCACGUUAAAAAAAAUAAAGUGUGGUUAAUGAUAAGUUAAUGAUAACUGAAAUGAAAAGCCAUACAAUGGAACAAUGUAAAAACAAGUUCAAAUAUUUGAAACAAAAAUACGUGAAAAAAAAAGAUAACAUGGGAACGAAAAGCAGCGGCGCAUCACAGAUUAAGUUUGACUUUUUUAAUGAAAUGGAUGAAAUAUUUCGGAAUGAACCGAAUGUCACUCCAUUAUGCACAGCUCCUUCCUCUCGAGGAAAAAGUAAUAUGAAAUCAAUAGAAGGUGUUGAAAACAUCGAUGAUGACGAAAACUCGUCGAUAAACCAAUCAGAUAUCGAAUCACCGCCACCGAAAAAACGCAAGACCAGCCAGCUAGAAAUAAAAUUGGAGAACUUCGAAAAAAAUGUAAAGGGUAAAGAAGAAGAGAGGGGUAAGAGACAUAAAGAGAAUUUAGUAAGACAGGAUCAGGUAUUACAAAUUAUGAAAGAAAUUGCUGAUAGUUUUAAAAUAUUUGUCAAUAAAAAGUGAAAGGCUUUUCAUGAAAACUUUAUAAUAUUUUUAUAUACAGCUGUUACUUCCCACUCGGCAUGUAAUGUUUCUAAAAUAUUUUAUUUGAAAUGUUACACUGUAUACAGCAAUAUCAAAGAAAUAUUUCACGACUAUUUCUGCAACACUUCUGCAAUGUUUCAAUGUCCGCGAUCAUUUCAAGUGCAAUCUUUUUGAAAGAUUUUAAUAAUAUUUCGAUAAUAUUACUGAAAUAUUUUUGAAACAUAUUUAUGCAGAUAGCAGAAACAUUUCAGAAA